GAGAGGAAGAGAGAGAGAGAGGUAGGAGGGCGAGGAAGGGAGCAUUAAACCCACCUAGACCCGUCUGACACGAAGGACACCGCCACAUAAAUACAAGUAGAAAGAGUAGAGGACCAGGACCUGGACCCUUCGACCGGUUUUUUCUUCCGCCAGGACAAACGGCUACUUUUUCCUGUCGUCUCGCGAGAAACUACAUCGUUUUUUAGCAGGUGAUGAUCUUGGAUUAUUGCUUUUUUUUUCUUAAGGAUGAAUUUUGAAGUGAGCUCAGCUUGUGGAGCAAUGGCCCAAGAGACGAACCAGAGCCCGGUGCUUUGUGCCACGGGCUGCGGAUUCUAUGGCAACCCAAGAACCAACGGUAUGUGCUCCGUGUGCUAUAAGGAUCACCUGACACGGCAGCAGAGCAGUGACCGCAUGAGCCCCCACAGCCCUAUGGGCUCAGCUGGUAGUCCUAUGUCAGAGGCCUCAGCCAUCCAGAGACUAGAAGCCAGUCUAGCCAAGGUUGAUGCCUCCCCCUGCUCUUCACCAGACAUGUCUAGAACUGUUCAAGGAUCUCUUCCUGUGACCCAACAAAUGACAGAGAUGAGCAUCUCGAGAGAGGACAAGCCAGAGUCCUUGGAGCCUGUUGUAAACCAGCCUGCUGCUUCUAGCCCUUCUCCUGUAGCGUCUUCCAGCAGUGAAGAAGGCAAGGGGGACAACUCAAAACCCAAGAAGAAUAGGUGCUUCAUGUGCCGCAAAAGGGUGGGCCUUACAGGGUUCGACUGUCGCUGUGGAAACUUGUUCUGUGGCAUCCACCGGUACUCCGACAAGCACAAUUGUCCCUAUGAUUACAAGGCCGAGGCCGCCGCCAAGAUCCGUAAAGAGAACCCUGUGGUGGUGGCGGAGAAGAUCCAGAGAAUAUAGAUUUUACAAAAACAGAAACAGCAACGAUGACAACACCUUUGACAAAGACUGGAGAAUGAGUGUGAACCUUUUUGAAAGGAGCACGAGUGGCUAAGUGAGGAUCGAAAGGACUUGAUUUUACGAAAUAACAACCUCAAGAAAAUGAUGGAGAAAAAAAGAAGAUCCUGUCUGAGGGAGAUGCAUGAAUGAUCACUUUCCUCUUUUUUUGAUUAAUUCAUUAGUUUGUUUUAUCCUACUUUCUGUGGUGUGACUUUGCGGCUGUCCAGUCCAGUUUUUUUUUUGUUGUUGUUUUUUUUUGUUUUUUUUUAAGAAUAUGUCUUGUCUUAUUAAGAGCAGCCCAGGCUAAAUGUCCAGGAUAUGCUGUGCUCCUCUCACCCAAACCAGGCGCCAUUUUGUGCCAAACCGUAGACAGCCAUUUUACUAAGACCCUGUCAUGUGUCAGACACUAGCAUGUCUAUCAAAGCAUUCAGAUUACACAGUAACAGUCCACACGAGUUGUGUCCCUCAACCUUUUGAACUUCUUGCUCUGUGCUCCGUUGGUACUGGAGUCGGUCAACGUUUGGAGAACCGUACAACUGUCCCCCACCAUGCACAAGGGGCUUUGUUACUUUGUCUCUGUCUUUCCUAGCUUUACCUACCUCACAGCUGCUGUGUUAAGCUUUGUUGUCUUCCCUUUUACUUUGUUUUCACCAGCUUUGUCCCCUGCAGAACCGUGGAUCAUCUUGACAGUCAGCCUCAGUGACCCUUUGAUCAGCAUGUCUGUGUUGACUUUGAUUGGUUUGAUUGUGAUGAGGCUGUUUCCAUUAUGGCUGGAGGUAUCACGCUAGACAGGGACAAACCAAUUACUCCCAAGUUUCACUAAAUCUAAACAUUUUCAAUGGACAUGAUGGGUAAAGGAGUUCCUCAACUGGUCUGAGCUUAUAUUGUAAUCACAGAUGCCUGGUGCAGGGCUGUGUGGCCUGAGAGGAAGGAUGGCACCCUUCCCCUUGCAGGCCUGGUAGGAGCAUGAAUGAAUGGGAUAAAUGCAUGAGUUACUCUUCAUCUGCAUUAGUGUUUCAGAAAUAUUUGGCAUCACUCAAUUUAGGGUUUCAGACAUUUUAUUUGUUGAGACAAUUAUCUGUUAUGUUUUUAUUAGCUUUUUUUCCUCUUCCAUUGAUAUUGUACUGAUGUUAGCGCAUGCAUUCAGUGCUUUUAUGGAAUGUGAACCAUGAUAUAUAUAUUUUUUUUUUUAAUACGCUAACAGAACAUUCAUGUGAGCACUGUGUGUGUGUGUGUGUGUGUGUGUGUGUGUGUGUUGUUCCCCAACCUUUUUGUCUGUGGAGCUACCCGGUUUAUCAGCACAUGUUUACAGAACUACAGGAGCAUGCCAGAGCUAGAUUUAUGAAAAAUAAUAGAUACCAAGAUUAGAUGUAACUCCUCAUCUGUCUAACAGCUAUUGGUCUGUGUGACUGCUUUAGAGCACCAUAGAAAAGGGUCUGUGUGUGUGUGUGUAUUUGUGAGCGUGCAUGUGCACAUUCCUGUGCAAAAGUGUGUUUUCAUGGCUGCCUGACACACUGAAACCAACGUAUGUUUGUGACUUGUGUUAAUCCCUGUUUUUUUUCUCCCCCUGUAAGGAUGUUUUUUUUUCAUUUUAAAAGCAACUGUAUGUAUCCGUUUUGAGUUUUCCCUUUCUGAUUCUUAGUUAUAUGCAAAUUUGUACAAAAAAUGAAAAAACAACAAACUGUGUUGAUAUUUAUGUAUUACAUAUAAUCUUGCUAUCCAGCAUUACGACAGAAUAGUAUCAUGUAAAUAAAACUGUACAGAGAGACAUUA